UUCAAGCUUUACUUUUAACAUUGCCAUCAUGGACAACCUUCAAGGGAUCGUACAACAAGCAAACCUCGCCACAUUGCUGGGUGUACAUCUUGGCCUAUCACUUUUUGGAGCUCUUGCAUCCAACCCAACAUACAACAUACCUAUAUUCUUUUUUGGUAUCUGGGCAUUCAACUACCAUGAGUCCAACACGCCUAUCAAGACGUUCACUGGUGCUUUGGGACUUAGUAUCUUUCUUGAUGUCAUUUGGUUUAUUCUUCAUGGUGGUAAUCCCGGUGGAGAGAGUGGCUUUGGAUUCGCUAUGACUAUGAACAUCAUCAGCUUACUCGUCAAGCCUGUGUCUGUAUUUGCUGCAGUAAAUACUAUUCAAAACCGUGGUGAUACUUUGAACGCCGGUAGUAAGUUUUUUUUAUUGGAUCAAUUAAAGCCAGUACUUGAUACCUUGUUUUCUUAGAUUGGGCAGAGGCACCUGGUGCUUUCCCAGGAUCAUAUCAGCCUGUGAGAGACGGCGAAGAGUAUGUCUAAGUAAAAGUAAAAGUAAAAGUAAAAGUAAAAUAAAACAUGGAAACAAGUGUAGGCUG